AUGGGUGCAGGAGCAGGAAAGGAACACAAACGGGAACAGGAACGGGAGGAGGUACAUGAGCAGCAACAGGACCAGGAACAGGAACUGGUGCAGGAGCAGGAAAAGCAACAGAAUCCGAAACAGGAACAAGAGGAGGAACAGGAACAGUAGCAGGAGCAGGAACAGGAACAGGAACGGGAGCAGGAGCAGGAACAGGAGCAGGAACAGGAACAGGAUAAAGAACAGGAACAGGAGCAGGUACAGGAGCAGCAAAAGGAACGGGAACAAAAACGGGAAAAGGAACAGGAACAGGAGCAGGAGCAGGAACGGGAGCAGGAACAGGAUCAGGACCAGGAACAGGAACAGGAACAGGAACGGGAACGGGAGCAGGAGCAGGAACAGGAGCAGGAACAGGAUAAAGAACAGGAACAGGAGCAGGUACAUGAGCAGGAAAAGGAACGAGAACAGAAACGGGAACAGGAACAGGAGGAGGAACAGGAACAGUAG